AUGCGAGUCCGUUCUUUUCUCCUAGGAGCUUCAAUCCUCUCCUCCGUCUCAGCGCAGACAUGGACGAGUUGCAACCCGCUCAACACCACCUGUCCGAACAACGCCGCGCUGGGCACCGAACACACAUUCAUUUUCAACCAAUCCUCGGCCGUCACCAACACCUUCAACAUCACCAAUGGCGUGCUGGCGUACGGCGCUCAGGGCGCGGAAUUCACGAUCAAUAAACGCCGCGAGAGUCCCACGAUUCAGAGUCUAUGGCACAUCAUGUUUGGCAGCGUCAGCGUGGUGAUGAAGGCCGCGACGGGGACGGGGAUCGUGAGUAGUAUUGUGCUGCAGAGCGAUGAUCUGGAUGAGAUUGAUUGGGAGUUUGUCGGCGGGAAUGCGACGCAUGCGCAGACGAAUUAUUUUGGGAAAGGAAAUACGACGUCGUUUGAUCGUGCGGUGUAUUACCCCGUUUCCACGGAUGUCAGGGAAAAUUUCCAUAAUUAUACUGUGGUUUGGACGGCGGAGAAUUUGAAGUGGAUGAUUGAUGGGGUGACGGUUAGGGUCUUGAAUUAUUCGCAAGCUAAUGGCGGUCAUAAUUAUCCGCAGACUCCUUCGACGGUGAGAUUGGGUAUCUGGGCGGGUGGUGAUCCGGAUAUGCCAAAGGGGACGAUUGAGUGGGCGGGUGGUGAGACGGAUUUCACAAAGGGACCGUAUACGAUGUUUGUGCAGCAGGUUGAGGUUAAGGAUUAUGGGACUGGGAAGGAGUAUCAUUGGGCGGAUCGCAGUGGUAGUUGGGAAAGCAUUCAGUCUAUUGGGGGCAACUCCACAGCCGCCCAGACAAUCUUCAAAGAGACACAUCCAGAUCCGACAAUUGCCCAGAAAUGGGAAGCUCUCCCUACUGGAACGAAGAUUGGAGUAUAUUCCGGUGCUGGUGGAGCAGCAGCUCUCAUGUUCAUGGCUCUUCUGUUCUUCUUCUUCAGACAACGACGGGCCGGUCGUAUCGAACGAGACGCUUACAACGCCAAAGUCGAAAAAGAACGCGAGGACCAAUUUCGGGAAAAUGUCGAACUCAAGAAAAAGGGUGAAGGAGGAUGGAAUGAAAGAGAUCUAGCAAAUCAAGGAGAUGAUGCACUAGGCGGCUGGAGUGCAGCCCAUGCAACACCUGAAAAGGAUCGGGAUAUGGACGCCCAUUCAAUUGCCAGGACGCACGUCAGUGAUUAUCCUUCACGCGCCGAAACCCCAACAUUCUCCGAAAGUGCAAGCGCAGUACAACCAGCUACUUUACUAGGAAAUCUCCCUUUCCGCGCAAACGAAUGGCAUGGCGGAAACCAAGGCGGUCUCAUUAACGACGCAGGCAACGCCCACACAGGAGCCUACUCUAACCAAACUCCCACCCUCCCAUUCUCAACCCAAUCCCCUCAAUACAACAACCACAACUACCAACCCCGCGGUCUCGUCGCCUCCGUCCAAACAGCCGGCUUCAGCAACGCAGCUUUCUCACCCACCCGCUCCGCAAGCCCUAGUUUCCCCUUCCCAAGCCAGUCACCCGUGUCACCACAAUUAGGCUUCAGCGCUUCCUCAACCUCGCUCCAUUCCAAUUACUCGAACCCGGCGAGAGGACUCGUUGCGUCGGCGCAGACGGCGCAUUCGGGUGGGUAUUCGGGGAGGUUUCAACCUAGGUCGGUGAGUGAGACGCAGAGGUCGCCGCGGGCUCAUGGCGGGCAGAUGGGGGGUGGUGGUGGGUAUCAGCGGUUUUGA